CAUCAGCAAUAAACUGAACAGGGCAGGAGUGAAAGUAUCACUAUCUUCGUUCAUUAUUCAUUAUUCUAUUCACUAUUCUUUUGUUCAUAGAAAACUUCUUGAACAAAAGUGCAAUGGUACACCAGAAGAUGCAAUCACUCAUUCACCAGGCUGGAAAAAAAGCACAACGAUGAGCCUAAAAAAUUCAUCUGUUUCUUAAACUUCUCAUCACUGGACUUUUUGGCAUAUUCCAGCCUGGCCUUCCUAUUCUUCUUGCUAAUGAGUGGUUUGCAUCUUCUGGUGUACCAUUGUACUUUUGUCCACAAAUUCUUCUAUGAACAGUAGAUUGUGAUACAGUACCUUCACUCCUGCCCUCUGCAAGUUGGUUCUGAUGUCAUUAACAGUUUUAGGGUCUUUCUUUACAGCUCUCACAAUGUCCCUGUCAUCCCCAGCUGAUGUUUUCCUCGGUCUGUCUGUCUGUUGCUAGUAAACCAGUGGUCCCUUUCUUCUUUGGAAAAAUUCCACUAUUGCUUGUUUACCACCGUUGUUCCACCAUUUAUCCAGUUACUGCGUUUUUCAAAGUAGAAAGUGAGUGUUAGAUCAAUUGUUUGAGGUGUUUGUGGUCACAUCUAGUCAUUUUCAAGAUACUGAAAGACACAUUUUUCCUAUGUCUUUUGGGGUGGACAUGAGUACUUACCACUACUAUUGUUCAUAGAAAACGAUGAAGAUGCCUUUGUGGAAACAAGUAGAAAAACUGCCAAAACCAAGAAAAGGAAGCUUUCAAGAUUUUUUUUCAUGAUGUUGGUAGGGGAGACCAGGUAUGGUUGUAACAUAGGAAGAGUAGUAACGCCACCAAUUCCACCAAUCAGAGAAGAGAUAGAAGUCAUCUGAUCAUUUCAGUGUUUGCCCAUUUCCUCUUUGAUUUCACUUGGCAGUUGUAGAGGCCGGGUCUAGCAGUAUGUAGAUUUUACUGAGAAAAAACAUUUUUCUUGGUAAAGUAAUUUUUGUGACCAAAACCAAACUUUGUUUAGCACAUACAGUUGCAUAUGUAACAGGUUUACUUUGGUUAUUGUGAUUCCACUUGAUCUAACAGUGUUUGGAGUCAUGGCUCAAUAGCGCCCUCUCUCACUUGUGAGCUUUAUAUACGGCAGUGUCAUCACAACUUUAGUUCAUCAGCCCUGUGACCCGAGGUGAGUAGAGGAGCGCUUCUCUAUGCAAUUGUAUGGUUAGCUACGAUGCUAAUGAAACUCAUUGUCAUUGUAGUAACAAGCCUCACGGUGUUGACUAGUGCACAUUGUCUCACACCAGUUUAUUUUAGAAAAGAAAGACUGAGAGAUGGUGUGCCUGCUGUUUUUAAAAAAGCAUCUGAUGAGGUCACAAAGAAAAGCAAGUUAGUCAGAUCAGUGGCAAAGGAACAUGGGAUCUGCCAUGUAAUACUGAGCACGUGCUGCAAAUCACUGCGGAAGUUGAAAAGCCAGGGAUGCCAUUUGUCAACUCAAAGCCAAAGGAAGUGUGAGUAAAAUGUGCCCUAUGCAGUCUUUCGGCUCAUCAAGCCUGCACUCCAAGGAUACCAACAUUCAUUUGUCAACACUGAUUCUGAUUAAGAAUAUGCACACAUAGCCACACACAUUGCUGGCUGUAUAUCAGACCUAUAUGUUUUUCAUACCAUGUGCAGCAAGAUCAUUAAGUCCUGCUAUGAAAGUUUGUUCUAUAGUAGACUCUAGUAGACACACCUGAGUUAAACAGAGACUUUGUUAUGGUUAGUCACAGACACAGACAUUGUUGUGGAUUGUUCUUUUUUUCCCCAAUACACCUGUUUUGAAGCAAAUUGUAUGUGUGGCCUUUGUUUUUUGCUUCUUUUGUCUAAUUGUUACAACUCCACACAGCAUGCGUUACAACCCGGGGCGGGUUGUAACAAAGGAACACCUUGUAUUUGACAUUAACACACAAGGUCUUUGAUAUUAUUGCAGGGGUUUCAAUUGAUGCCAUUUGUAGUAAACAAAUAUCGGUAUUUUGCAUACGUCAUAUCCGGUUAUGUAUACCAUAUAUAAAUAGAAUAAAACAUAUAAAAUAUUUGAAUGUAGACAAGCAUAAGUAAACGGAGAAAUACCAUCCAUCCAAACAUAUCUUCCCAGCAAAAGCUUUUGUUUGUAUUUUUUCAGUGGCGAAAAAAAAAUAAAAUAAUUUAUUCAACCAAGAAAAGGGGGCUUAUAAUUUAUCCACUUGCACCAUGGAUAUGAUGUAAGAAGGAAAGCUCGAUUAUGUUGUAAUUUCUCAUCGUUUUGAGGCGGGGGUGACGCAUAUUGCUGCCGUAAAAUAGACCGACGUAUGGCGUAAACAUCCCUAACAUGUGACUGCCGAAAAAUAGGCCGACCGGAUGUUGACGCGUUCUGCACAUGCGUACAACUAUAGACACACAUACGUAGACGCCGCAUCGAGCGCUGAGCCGUACGUCAACGUCGCCGCCAUAUUGCAUAUGGCAAGAGUCGGAGCGGAGAAGAUGCCUCAUUCAUGUGCUGCAUGGAGGUGUACGACUCGUUGUACUGCCCAAACCAAAUCCCAGGGAAUAACCUUUCACAGGUUUCCCAAAGACACUGCUCGGAGGAAACAGUGGGAAAUAGCCCUCCGGAGGGAGGGAUUUUCUGCCAGCUCGUCCUCCAUGCUCUGCAGUGAUCAUUUCAGGCCGGAGGACUUUGACAGAACAGGUCAGACGGUCAGGAUCCGAGAUGGAGUUGUCCCUUCUGUUUUCAGUUUCCCAGCACACCCCCAAAGGCCUGUUGCCACCAGGACAAGUGAGACUUCAAAGAAGGCUCGAGAGACUCUGGCAAUGGACUGUUCCCCGCUUGUCCAAGACACUGAUGAACUGCUUCCUGUCCCCAAUGUGGACCACUCCUAUGUCCUGCCUUCAUCACCUGAUGAUCUGAGGGGCAGACUUAAUGAUGCCUCGGCUAGGGUGGAGAGUCUGGAAAGAGAGAGGAGCAUUGCAAAGGAUAGAGAAAGGAGGGCAAAGAACACUUUGUGCAGUCUCCUGGAGGAUCUCAGAGGGCAGAAACUCAUCAAUGAAGAGCUGAAAGGCAAGGAUGAUUCAUACUCAGUGGAGGUGGAACUGGAGGAGGCAGACUCUAACACUGCCAUCACUGUGAACGACACUGACAUUGAUUCUGCACUAAAUGGCAUCCUUGUGGCUGCACAGGGAGAGCCCAUGGAAGAAAGGACAGAAGUAGUGGUGGUAAAAAAUCAGCUCCCUUCAAAGACGAAAUCGCAACGUCGGAGUAUGAUCUGGAGACAUUUUGAACGCUUGGAAAGUUCAGAUGGUUGUCAAUGUUUGAUUUGCAAUAGGAAGAUAAAAUGCUCUUCUGAGGGCAGCACCAGCAACCUGCACAGACACAUGUCAAAGAGGCACCCGCAUGUAAAUUUGCAAACAGGUGAGGUGCUGAAGCAGUCACCAUUAGACACAUCCUCACCCACAGAGUCAAAGGAUCUUAGGAAGACAUGUCCAGCAAAGGUCACAAAGGACGUAGCAGUUCCAGAUGUGCUCCAGGUUUCACAGGCAACUGCAGGAGAGAAGCGUGGUUUUAGGAGGGAGCUGGAGUUAAUAGACGCUCUGAGGAGGGCACAGAGGCAGGAGGCGCAGGCUCUGGAGCAUCAGCGGGAGCUUGUCGAGAAGCUGCGGGCUGUCAAUGCAAGAGAAGCUGCUGUAGAGAGAGAGCAAAUUGAGUCUCUGAGGAGAGCACAGCAGGAGGAGGCCAAAAAAUUAAGCAGGCAGAGAGAGGAGCUCGAGACAGAAAAGGCAGCACUGCAGAGGAAAUGGGAGGAGCUCGAGCAGAAGGAGCAACUGCUCUCCAGAGAACAUCCAUCCUCUGUUUCUCACUAACGGUGACAUUUUUUUAUUGGGUGGUUUGGCGGCUUUGAAAAUUUCAUUUUUUUUUUUAUUUUUAUUUUUUUUUUAAAUAAAGUCUGUUUUGUAGACCAGUUUUUGGAUCUUUCAUUUUACUUCCCAACAUGACCUUGGAUUACUACAAUACAAACAAUCUGAAAAGGAAACAAGGCCAUAUCUUGUGCACAUUCUUCUUCAGGUUUACUGUACAUGAACAAAAACACAAAUGAUCAAUAUAUCACCAUAUGCUUCAAGAAAAAUACAAUUUACCUCAUUUCUAGCCACUUGUUUUGUAAAAACAUGAUUGGACAGUAAUUGACAAUCUUUUUAGGAGAGAGAAUUGGUAUAAAUACUUUGUUUCUGUAAUUUCCUGUAUAGAAUUGAGAAGCAUUUUUUAAAGUUUGUUUCCUUGUAUUGGGGGGAACUCAAGAUUCCAAUUGUGAUCACUAGGAGUCAUUGGUUUCAUAGAAAUAGUACAUUAUCACACAGGAUACGCUUACACUGUAUAUUACUCAUUUGUGGGCUCAAAAGCACAAUUCCGCACCAAUACACAACUGAAAAUGUAACUCAAAAUAUUACAUUGUAAGGGUAGAUUUGAUUCCAUUUGCAGCCAAGCAAAUGGAAUGCUUGGCUUGUGAAUGCAGCACAUAUUUUAAGUUCGAACAAGCUAAAAUAUUUGUCGAUUUUGUUAAUUAUGUAUGCACCCUUGUUCAAGAGGUAUUGAUCUCAAUGGGUCUUUUAUCUGAUUAAACAGAAAAAUUAAAUCCUGGGGGAGGAUGAGGAUAUUGAGUCAGAAUGGGCCGUAUUGGGUGCUUCCAUUGCUGUGGCAGCCAAUUGAAGCUGUGGUCGCAAGGUGGUCAGUGCCAAUCAUGGUGGCAAAUCCCAAACCCGGUGGUGGACAUUGGAGGUUAGGGCUGCUGUCAAGCUGAAGAAAAAGUUACCGAGCACGUGGGACUCCUGAAGCAGCUGAAACUUGGGUGUUGGAGGAGGUCUGUGAGUCUAUGGAGCACAAUUUUCGGUAGGCUUCAAAGAGGUUCUGGCAAACUAUCUGACAACUCAGAAAGAUGAAGCAAUGCCUGGUACACACUGCGGACGGAGGCCUGCUGACCUCAACUGAGCAUAUAAUAGGCGGUGGAAAUAAUACUGACUCCUGUCCACAUUGUUUUACUGACCCUAUCAUUUCCCUAUGUAUUUAAAACUAGCAGUGUGCUUGGAAUACAGGAGGUGAACAAAUGUAAUUGAUGUGAAACGGGUGAGGGGUAGGAUUAAAUAAGCUUUGCUUCUUCCUACUCCUUUUUGGACAUGUACAACUGUGAAUUGUACUACGUGAUAUAUUACAAGUUAACUUGUAUCCACGUUCAAAAUAAAUUAAACCAUUACCAUUCUGCAAUGUUAUACCUCAGGUACUAACUGAAUUGGGUCCAAAAAAAAUUCUGG